AGCAAUUUGGGUUAGGUAGCUUUUCAGGCUGGUAGAAGACUGCGUGCACAGGUGGCGUCCGCUUGCCGAGGCCGCCUUGUGCGCCCCCCGCCUUCCUGUGGCUGGCCCCGCCUCAGGCUCUGGCCUUGGCCGGGGCACCAUGUCGCAAGACAGGAAGGUCUUUGUGGGUGGCGUGCCGCAGGACCUGACGCAAGACGAACUGUACACAAUCUUCUGCGAGUAUGCCGGGGUGAAGAAGGCAUGGCUGCAGAAGUGCCGGCCGGCCGACCACGGCAGCGGGAACGGCAGCGCUUGCCCUCCGCAGAACCAUCGGGGUUUCGGCUUCGUCAUCUUCCACGAGGCUCGCGCCAUCGACGAUCUGCUCGGCAGCGGUGCCUCUCGCUUCAUUCUGCUGCGCAACGGCGCGAAGUUGGAGGUGAAGCGGGCACUCAGCAGCAACAAGAUGGGGACCACGCAGGCCGAUGCGGUAUGCACAGCGCCGCCCCUGCAGAGGAACUACCCGCCGCAGGGCCAGGAUAUCUCUCAGCAGGCUGUCGCGAAGCCAGCCUUGAGGGGCCAGGCCCACAGCGGCUUCCGGGAUAUCCAGGCGACCGGGCAGCGCCCGCAGGCACCGUCGUCGGUGCCCGCCUGGCCGGGCCUUGCUGGUGGUGCACCAGGCGGCGCUGGGGGCAACGAGAACGUGCUCAGGCAGCUGUCUCUCAUGCCGCCGCCCGCCCUAGCCGGCUACCACAGCGCGCCGCAGGGCCUCCCCGCGGGCCUCGGCGGGAUGCAGCACCCCGGUGCCGGCCGCCCGCCCCCGCCGCCGCAGCCGCCCAGCGACGCGGACGGGCGGCAGCAGCUGGACGGGCUGGCCGGCGCGUACGGCGCUGGCGUGGCCCUCGCGGCCUGGGCGGGCUCGCCGCCGCAGGGUGGCAUGGACGCAGGCGACCGCAACGGCGUGCCCCAGGAGGUCCUCGCAGGACUGGUGCUCUCCACCGGCGCCCCUGGGACACAGCAGGGCCUGCGCGGGAGCGUUGAGCCCGCUCGGUCUCCGCCAGGCGCCGGCACGCCCCCGGAGGGGACCGGCCGGGCGCAGGGCGUCGCUCUGCAGCAGGCUGUGGUGCAGUACUAUCACGACCACGUGCCCGAGAAGCUAGCAGAGCACAAGAUGCUCGACACCAUCGGUCAGAGCUUCCUGGGCCACGAGGCCGAGCUCAGCGAGGAGCUGCGCUGUAAGUACGGCGCGGGCCUCCAGCUGACCAACGACAGCUCCGCCCAGGUCGUCUCUGGUGGCGGCGUUGUGGGCUGGCAGCAGCACAGCACGUCGCAGUUCGGCCCGCCGGGUGUCCUGGCGAGCGGCGCGCGCCACCACGCGCAGGCCCCAGCCGUGGGCGCCGCGGGCGUCGGCGCGGCGCCUUUCGGCGCCCGUCCUCCGGCGUACGCGGCGGGCGGCAAGGACCGCGCGCUGAACCUGGGCGUGUGGGGCGACCACGCGCUCGCAGGCGCACACGACGUCCACAACGAGUCGGCAUCCGGGCACGAGGGUCCAGACCUCAGCUGGAUCGAAGGCAUCGUGGGCGACGAAGGCAUGGACUUCGCCGAGGACAUCAACCACAGGGUCGCGAGCGAGCCCCAGCACCGGGCACACAUGUGGGGGAACCUGCGGGAUGGCCAGCAGGUCUGGUGAGGUCGGCGCUGCCCGAGGGGGCGGCGGGGACGACCGCUCCCGCGGGCCUGGGCCGCACAGCUGCCGCCCAGGGCCCCCCCCGGGCGUCGAGGCACGGGCCUGGCGGCUUCCCGGCGGGCGAGCGAGCGGCGAGGGGUCGGUCGGGGGCCCCCAAACGGGGUGGUCACCACGCGGUUUUGGGAC